UUCGUGCGUCUUCUUCUUCUUCUCAGUUCCUCUCAGAUCUCUUCUUCAUUUUCAUGUACAAUGGCGUCCUUCGUAGCAGCUCCCACCUCUUUCUCAGGUGACUCUCUUGUCAAAGCACACCGUUUGUCCUCUACGAACUUCAAUGCGAUUCGCAAGAGCUCUACAUUGACCGUUAAAACACAAUCGAACCGCAGUCGCAAACUCUCGAUUUCUGCAGGUUACCGUGACGGAAGUAAGGGCGGUGGAAGUAGUGAUUUUGUUACGGGGUUUCUUCUAGGAAGUGCUGUGUUUGGUACUCUGGCUUAUAUCUUUGCUCCCCAGAUCCGGAGAUCGGUGCUGAACGAAAAUGAACAUGGUUUCAAGAAACCACAGCAGCCGAUGUACUACGAUGAAGGCCUAGAGGAGAGAAGAGAGAUAUUGAAUGAGAAAAUCGGCCAACUGAAUUCAGCCAUUGACAAUGUAUCGUCGCGCCUAAGGAGCGGUGGCAGCAAGAACAGUUCUUCUUCGCAGUCUGUCACCGUUGAAACCGACGCAGAAGCAGAAGCUACUGCUUGAUUGAAGCUCUGUUUUACCCAAUUGAAAACUGUCUUUCAUUGAUUUUGAUUGGUUCUAUUGGUUUUUGUGUUGAACCAUUCUAGGGGGCUCGUUUUUUUAAUUAGUGUUUUAGACUUUUAGUGUUGUUUACUUUCUUCUUCUGAUAAAUUGCCAUUGAGUUAAUAGACACCAAAACAACGUAUUUAAUCAAACAUCAGUUUCUUGUUGA